GGUUAUGAGAGUUCGAUGACCACUCGAUAGCGAGACCAUCCUUCGACGCCAUCAUGGACUACCUGCAGACGUGCCUCAUCUUCUACCUAUUGAUCCUCUGCCUCUCCAGAGGACAAUCUAUAGACAUAUCACAAUGCAUCGCACCCCUGGGGAUGGAAUCUGGUGUGAUUCCCGAUGCAGACAUCACAGCGAGCUCGAGUUUCGAUAGCGGAAAUGUCGGGCCACAUCACGGACGGCUGAGGCAAGAGAGCCACGGAGGUGCCUGGUGCCCGAAGCAGCAGAUCACGACGGAACCACGCGAGUGGCUGGAAAUCGAUCUUCACACGGUCCACAUGAUCACCGCCACCGGCACUCAAGGCCGCUUUGGCAACGGCCAAGGUGUCGAAUACUCGGAAGCUUACAUGCUCGAGUAUUGGAGGCCGAAGCUUGGCAAGUGGGUUCGGUACAGGGACGUCCGGGGCGAAGAGGUGAUCAAGGGUAACACGAACACCUACCUGGAAUCGAAGCACGAGCUAGAGCCACCGAUGUGGGCUAGCAAGGUCCGUUUCCUACCGUACAGUUACCAUCGUCGGACCGUUUGCAUGCGAGUGGAAUUGUACGGUUGCCCAUGGAACGACGGCAUCGUAUCCUAUUCGAUGCCACAAGGUGACAAACGCGGCAAUUGGGAGUUCUUCGAUGCAACUUACGACGGUUACUGGGACGGCCAGCUUCUGCGAGGACUCGGACAACUGACAGACGGCAAGAUCGGGCCCGAUAACUUCAAGAUGGGCUAUUAUGAUUACGAUAGGGGUCAGGGAUGGGUCGGAUGGAGAAACGACACCAGAUCCGGUCAUCCGCUUGAGAUCAAGUUCGAGUUCGACCACGUCAGGGAAUUCUCGGCUGUACACAUUUAUUGCAACAAUCAGUUUACCAAGGAUGUCCAGGUGUUCUCCGAAGCCAGUAUAAUGUUCAGUGUCGGCGGUCGCUACUACACCGGCGAUGCGAUCGUGUACUCCUACAUGGAGGACAGGAUCUUCGAGCACUCGAGGAACAUCUCCAUCAAACUACACCAUCGUAUCGGCAAAUUUGUCAAGUUGAGAUUCAGCUUCGCCUCCAGAUGGAUUAUGAUCAGCGAGAUCACAUUUGAUUCCGACAUAGCUCACGGAAACUUCACACCGGAAUCACCGCCGACGACCGAAGCACCCAGACAAAGAGACCGAAUUUCAGCGCGCGACAAUCCUCUCCAGGCCGAGGUGCCGGUCGUCAAGCAAGAUGAUCCGACCUACAUGGCUGUGAUUAUCGGAGUCCUGACCGCCGUGAUCCUCCUGUUAGCCGUGGCGAUUUUCCUGAUCGUCACGCGACACAGGCAACGCAAGAACUUCGCUAGUCCCCUGAGCACCAAGAGCGCGAUACCCUCGGGCAAUCAUCAACAUCUAUCACCGGAAUCCGCGUACGGCACCACGGAGAAAGAUCCGUCGUUGAUGACCUACAGAGUCGAAGAGCUGGACGACAGGUACGCUGGUACCAAGCUGACGACGCUACCUCGCGAUUUGAACGAUCGUCUGCUGGGCGAUGUCAGGCUCGACGAGUACCAGGAACCCUUCCACGAGAGCAAGUACCGGGAACCACCUCAUGCUGCUUAUUAUGGAUACAGCACCGUUGUUAUAGACAACAAGGACCUUCACGACAACGUUGAGCAGUCUGAUGCCACUUAUGACUACGCGGUACCAAUGCCUGUGCCUAGUGUAAGCAGUGAUCAGGAUAGCGUGUUCUCAAAGUCUUCAUCAAGGGGUAGCGCGAAGGCAUGUUUGCAGAGUUUUUUCCCGCCGCCCCCUCCCCCGAUGAGCGCGCCACCCCCCCGAGGCUCCAGUAACCUGACGUACUCGAACCCGCCGAGCCCGGAGCCCGUUUGCGAGCGCGAGCGCAGAGGAAGCAAGCGCCGCGAGCACUCCUUGCACAGAUACGCGUAAGGAUCGUUGUGUCCUGCAGAAACCACGCUGAAUCGAAGGUACGAAUUUCGUGCAUCAAACACAGAUCAAACGGUUGAUCCAACCCUUCAGCAUCCAUGUGUCUCUCAUAAAUCAUCUCGCUUUUUCUCUACGUCGCGUUUCCACCGAUCGUUUUCUCUCUUCGCGAAAUUCCUUCUCAUUUUUUAAACGAUCGAUGCGCGGUUCACCGUGAAAAUCGUUCGACGAUGGAUGCUGAAGGCACAGCGAAAUACUCGAGCGCCGUUAGCGUCGAAACGAAGCAGAAGAGGACGAAGAGGAGGAGAAGAUGACACGAGAGAUCGAAUCGACUGCAACGAGGCUCGAAAAUUUUUCCCUAUCGGCGCGUCGUUCUUUCCUGUUCAAUUUUCGAAAGUCCAAUUAGACCGAGCACAGCUUCGACAAGGUCGAUCUCGUCGAUAUCUUUCUCGAACACUGCCAUUGGCGCACUUUCGAAGCGUACAGUAGAGUAAGCACCGUGGGCUUCCGUAAGGAAAACGGCGAUAUAAGGAGAGGAUUUUGGGGGAGAAAUUUUUAGAUUAGAAAUUUGGGGGAUUGAUUGUUCUUUUAGGGGUUGAUAGUUCGAGAUUUGGGGACUUCAAGGUUUAAGAACUUUGAGAUUUGGGGAUUUUGGGGAGUGGAAAGUUUGAGAU